AUUAAGAUUUGCUCGCUUCCUCUGACUGCUGGCGCCCAUCUCAUCUGAUUGGGGGCAACAUCACACAUUCAAGUUUGCAGCGAUCUUCAUUCCAGGGUGGAAAAGACUGCUUUGUGUUUUUGUCCCGUUCAUAUUUUGGCGUGAGAAAGAUUCUCGUGUGCCGUGGCGUUCCAUCGCCUGUAGGCGCCGCCCUUCACCCGUUUAUUGUCCCGCUUGGGGUGGCGAUGAAUGACUUUAGCGCCACGGCUCUUCAGUCUUUUCGCUGAUGUCGUCGUUGGCAACUCGCUUCACGUUGUCGUUCCUCAGUACAGACGUUGAGUGAACCUAUCGUCGUCAUUAGAGCCAGCCACUCAGUUGACUCGAGUCCCUUCCUCUUCCUCUUCUUCUUCCUCUUCCUGCAGCGCGCCGCCUGACGCUGGCUGCUCAUUGGUCGUUCACAGAAAACUGAUUCCGUUCAGUUCGUUCAUUAUAAAGAUUCUGUCCUAAGACCAGCUCGUUCUUGAACGUAACGCCACUGGAGUACAUGACGUAAUCACGUACACGCAUAGCGGAAGUGAACACGUGAGGCAGCCGAAUUGCACGCGCGCGGCGAAAGCAGAAAAAGAAGACAUCGUCUCCGUCAGGCUGUUUUUGGAGCUCCCAGUGACAUCAUGGCCGUGAGAGCUGCCUUUGAGAACAACAAUGAGAUCGGCUGCUUUGCUAAGCUCACCAACACGUACUGCCUGGUCGCCAUCGGCAGUGCGGAAAACUUCUACAGCGUGUUUGAAGGAGAGUUGUCCGAGAGCAUCCCAGUGGUCCACGCCUCCAUCGCCGGUUGCCGCAUCAUCGGACGCAUGUGUGUGGGCAACCGCCACGGGCUGCUGGUUCCCAGCAACACGACAGACCAGGAACUGCAGCACAUCCGAAACUCGCUCCCUUCUUCCGUGAGCAUCCAGCGAGUGGAAGAACGUCUGUCGGCGCUCGGGAACGUCAUCGCCUGCAACGACUACGUGGCGCUCGUCCAUCCGGACCUGGACAGGGAGACGGAGGAGGUUCUGAGCGACACCCUGAAGGUGGAGGUGUUCCGCCACACGGUGGCCGAUCAGGUCCUGGUGGGCUCGUACUGCGCUUUCAGCAACCAGGGCGGUCUGGUGCACCCGAAAACGUCCAUCGAAGACCAGGACGAGCUGUCCUCGCUCCUGCAGGUCCCCCUGGUGACCGGCACGGUGAACCGGGGCAGCGAGGUGAUUGCGGGGGGUAUGGUGGUGAACGACUGGUGCGCCUUCUGCGGCCUGGACACGACCAGCACCGAGAUGUCCGUCAUCGAGAGCGUCUUCAGGCUGGGAGACGCCGCGCAACCCGCCGCCAUCACCACCAGCAUGAGGGACUCGCUCAUCGACAGCAUGGCUUAAGAGGACCGCCCGUCGCACGUCAACAUCGACAUCUUUGGGCCGCGCCUCAGGACAGAAAAGAUGGGGCCCAAACGCCGCCUCAGCUGACCACUAAGGGGCGAGGCCGCAGGAAGCGAGAAGUUUGUUUGUCCAAUCGGGCUGCAUCCCCCGACUUUUGUUCCAGUGCGUCACAAAACUCUUUUUGGGUCCUUUUGUUCAGCGGGCGCGUGAAGAGCCGCCGCCGCCAAACUCACGGGCCUAACGUGCUGUGAUGUCAUCACAACCUCAAUUAAACGUGUUUUUUU